UACAUACGUCAUCCAGGUGCGACGGCGCGCUCUGAUGACGACAGACCUGGCAGUGAAUUCACCCAUCUUUCAGGAAGCUAAGAGCAACACAGCGAGAAAACAGCAGUCUCCGGGUGUCAGAUCUGGUUUGGAGACCUGGUUCUGCAUGUGCCGCUGGGAGCAGGAGCUGAGGCUGAACCAUGGCAGAUGACAAAGACGUUCUGAGGGACGUUUGGUACGGACGCAUCCCAGCCUGCUUCACUCUGCACCAGGAUGAGGUCACUGAGAGGGAGGCUGAGCCCUACUAUCUGCUGUUACCCCGAGUAAGUUACCUGACUCUGGUCACCGACAAAGUUAAGAAACACUUCCUCAAAGUGAUGAGAGCCGAGGACGUGGAGGAGAUGUGGUUCGAGUACGAGGGAACGCCGCUCAAAUGGCAUUACCCAAUCGGAGUCCUGUUUGACCUCCAUGCCUCCAGCAGCAUCCUGCCCUGGAGCAUCACUGUGCACUUUAAGAAUUUCCCGGAGCGCGACCUGCUGCACUGCCCCUCCAACUCUGUGAUCGAAGCUCAUUUUAUGUCGAGUAUCAAAGAAGCUGAUGCCCUGAAACACAAGAGCCAAGUGGUGAACGACAUGCAGAAGAAGGACCACAAACAGCUGUGGAUGGGCCUGCAGAAUGAUAAGUUCGAUCAGUUCUGGGCGAUGAACAGGAAGUUGAUGGAGUAUUCCACAGAGGACGGAGGCUUCAGAUACAUCCCCUUCAGGAUAUACCAGACGACAGGUGAGCGCCCGUUCAUCCAGAAACUGUUCCGCCCGGUGUCUGCAGAGGGCGCUGUCCACACUCUGGGAGACCUGCUCAGAGAAAUGUACCCAGCAGCUGUGCCCCAAGAAGGAGAGGAGAAGCGCCUCCUGGUGGUGAUCCAUGGAAUCGAGCCUCUGCUGGAGACGCCGCUGCAGUGGCUCAGCGAACACCUGAGUCACCCCGACAACUUCCUGCACAUCUGCGUCGUGCCCGCCCCCUCCGACUGAAGACACGCCCCCCACACUCUAAAGACACGCCCACUCUGAAUAAAAACACCCCCCUCGCUCUAAAGACACUCACCCACUUCAUAAAUUUAACGGAGCUCAAAACUGAAAUGAAAAUGUAUUUAUUUUUCACAGAUUUUGGAAUUUGGUUUUUGAAAAUUUUGAAAAUCGGCCAUGAUCAUAAACUCUCAAAUCAUUUACAUCGGAUGCCCUUCCUUCUGGACCACUGCUACCCCGAAAGUAACAUUUUUACUUCAUUAUAUCUUCGAUGAAACUCCAUUUUUAAGUUUUUUGACGUUUUUAAUUUGAUAUUACGAUCAAUUUUUGGGACUUUAUCAGAGAUGGGCGAACGCGGUUACAACCAAACCACAGAGGGAGCAUUUCACCCAGAGAAAUGGACUCUAAGAUCAGACUCUUAACACAAUGGUUCCACACUUGUAGCAUCACCCCAGAAUGAGAAAGCUGCAUGUUUGUACUUUAAAAUCUGACACCGGCUCAGUCUGAGUGGAGGCGGGUCUGAAGAACGAUGUUUCGACCCAGAACAGGAGCAGAUUUUGGGGCAAACGUGAGCUGAAGCUGCCCCAGUGGAGACUCCAAAACUCAACGGGAUUUGUCAUUUCUUGUGACAGACAAAUGGUUUUCAUGCAUUUUCCGGUUUAAAGGAGCAUUAAAAGCGCACUACGGGACAUUUCUGGUCAACCGUCCAUCACCUGCUUGUCUCCAUGCCUCUAAUUUGUGUUUAAAAUGUAAACUUUGAACAAAUCUAAUCUAAUUUCAAUUGGUUUUUUUUUCAUAAAUUGGGUCAUUUUCUUACCUGUACCGAAUAAACGCAAGAUGGAUAUUUUUAAUGCCCAACUUUAGAACAUUUCAGGCCAAACAACAACAUCUCCAUGGAGACAGACAGGUGGGAGGCUCUUCAUCACAAAAGUUCCACAGUGCACCUUUAACUUUAUGGUCAUGGGGGACAGUGAAGCAGAGACAGUUUAAUUUAGUUUAAUUUAAUAGAUUUUUUGGGUGACUAAUUCUACAUUUCUUUGACUAAAAUAUAUUCCAAAUAAUUCUUCAAUUUAAAGGCGCUGUACUUGAUUUUUUUCUCCAUGUAUCUGAGCAAAAUGUGUCUCACCCCAGUACAGAUAUAUCAUAUAAGCAGCUCUUGAGAUCAGAAUACGAAGUGUGCGUUGGCAUGCUGGUUGUUGUUGUUAACUAUUUUUGUGACAGCAAAACUCCAAAGUUUUCUCAAAGAGUUGUGAAAAGCGCAUAUUAACUCAUCGUGGUGAGGCAAUAGGACGUUCUGAAUGCGUCAGGUAAGUGAGGAAGAACUUUGAACCACUGCAAACUGUUUACAAUGAACGAAUUCUGUUUUUCACAUUUUUAAGACGGUCAAAAUCAGGUACAGAGCCUUUAAUCUCGGCUAAAUUCAGCAUUUUAUUUAAGAAAACUAAACCUCAUGGUCAAAAUGAAUGCCACAAACAUGUCAACUGUGUCUUUUAAGGACUCUUUAAGGACUUUUAAGUUUUAUUACAACAAAAUGAGCUGACAAUGAAAUGUGUUUUUUUUUUCCUUGUUGACAGCUAUGACUUUUGACAAAGAAUGAGAAUAUAAGAGAAAAACUGGUUUUGUUUAGGAAAUAACAGAUCAUUCUAACAGAUUGUGAAUCCUUUUAAUUUCUAAUAAAAAAAAUUGAAAACA